UUCUUCUUUCUCCCCCCUCUCCGCUGUCGUCGCUGCACCCUGUCUUUAGGAUCGUGAUGCCCGAGCAACAACAACGCCAAGACGAGCCGGAGCAACGCUCCGGCUUUCGCUCCAUCAUUCAGGGUGUCGGUGUCUUCCUACUCAUGCAAUAUGUGAUGACCCAGUUCGUCAGUUCGAAGAACAGUGGUGGUUCAAAGGGCCAGUCUGAUGAUAUAACAUCUUUUGCCAACCGCCCGGCUCAGAGCGAGAUCGCCGACUACAGCCAGGUCCCGGAUAUGAUCAGCCCGAUCUGGCCGGCUGACAGCGCUUUGGAUAUCAGCGUCUAUGUGUCUCCUUCUAUUGUGGUCCCUGGCUUCAAGGCGUACUCCGAGGAUGCGCUGGUGCUCGAGGAGAAGAACUUCACCGUCGGCAAUUAUAGUGAUACGAGAGAGAUCUCGACCACGAUCCAGGUCCCGAAGGAAGUCCAGCACAACGGAACGCUGUGGGCGCAUUUUUAUGUUGCCCUUACCGGCCACCAGUUAGAUCCUCGUGCGGCAGACUACAGCACCGACAAAGCUGUUCAUUUCUUCCGCCCAUUGAACCAGUACCUUCCCAAAAAGAAGGUGAAGAAGUUGAAGAAUCUCUUGUCGGACGAUAAGGAGCCCGAAGAGGAGGAAGACAACACGCCUGACGUACAGGUGAUGUCGUACUACCACUCGAAUUUUUCCAUUUCGUUGAUCCCCAGCUUUGGUACUCAGAAUUAUCGCCAGAUGCACCCAGCCGUCCGUCAGCAUGUGCGGUUGGAGUCCACUGGUGCCCGGGAUGCCAGCGGGAAGAAUGGAUGGUACUAUCCGGUUGUCUUCCUGAACACUUUCUGGCAGUUGAGAAGCCAUAUGACCGAGCUGAAUUCUACGGUUCAAACCCUGCCUCUGCAUCUCACACUGAACAACUUGGCGAACUGGAAGUUCAACUUGAUUGCAAGCGUUGACGAGGGUAAUAAACAGAAUGCUCGCCAAGCUGCAUUUGGUGGCCCCUCGCCCGCUGGUGGUGAUGGCAGCGAGUUUGAGAUGGUCAAGGAAAUCCUGCUGGACACGAACAUCUGGCUGCUGGGCACAACAGGUGUUGUCAGCAUCUUACACAUGAUCUUUGAGACUCUUGCCUUCAAAAAUGACAUUGCCCACUGGCGCAAGAAGAAGGAUGUGGUCGGGACUUCUGUCCGCACCAUCUUAGCCAAUGUCUUCAUGCAGGCCGUGAUUUUCCUGUACCUGGUCGACAAUAGCGAUAACACUUCCUGGAUGAUUCUGGCCAGUCAAGGCUUCGGUAUUGUCUUGGAAGCUUGGAAAGUCACGAAGACCGUCGAUGUGCGCCUGAGGCCUCCGCCGGCUAAUUCCAUGCUCUCUUUCCUGCCGUAUGUCAUUGUUUUCGAAGACAAGCACAAACUCAGCGAGACGGAACAGAAAACCAAGGAAUACGACGAGAUUGCCUUCAAGUAUCUCUAUAUCAUUGCCAUUCCUCUCUUGGGCGCCUACGCUGUCUAUAGCUUGAUCUACAACACUCACAAGUCCUGGUACUCCUACAUCAUCGAAACUCUGGUCGGCAGUGUCUACGCCUAUGGGUUUCUCAUGAUGGUCCCUAGCUUGUAUAUCAACUACCGUUUGAAGUCCGUCGCACAUAUGCCUGGCAAAGCACUCAUGUACAAGUUCUUGAACACCUUCAUCGAUGACCUGUUUGCCUUCACUGUCAAAAUGCCCUGGCUGCAUCGGCUUGCCACCCUCAGAGACGACGUUAUCUUCUUUAUCUGGGUUUACCAGAGCUGGAAGUACAAGGUCGACUACAAGCGUGUCAACGAGUUUGGCCAGGGAGGCGAGAGUGAUGAAGAAGGGGAAGAAGAAAAAGAAAAAGAGGCUGCCCCCACCGAAAAGAAAGCAGAAGCUUCGGUGCAAGCUUCAGGCAAGGACAGCUCCAAGCCCGCUCGGAAGAGAAAGUAAUCUUGACAUCGUAUUCUCCUCCAAGUGAGGUCACUCCGAUGCCAAGCUCUCUCCGAGCAAUUGAUUAACUGUCUAGCCUACUUCUAAUUCUUCCUCUACAGUUCGCCACAUGGCGCCUUUAAAUAAUAUCCCUACAAACCCUUGUCAUUUGAGAAAUAGAUAUGCUUUAUUUGCUAUGUAUUAGUAUAGAGGAUUAGUAAUUGGCUGGCUACUGGGUUGGCUGCUCAGACAUUAUCUAUUUAAUUUAUAGACUCUUAUACAUGAAG